UUCCUACACUUUAUAGUGUUUCUUUUUGAUAUGUAGAGCUCUAGAGAUUCUUCGAUUUGUUGCUUUGCAAUCUGUAGUGCAGAGUAAAAGUUGAUUGUUUUAUCUUUUUAAUUUCUUGUAAAUUACUAUGGUAUGUGAUUCACUAAGCUUUAUGUAUUAUAAGCAUAUAUAGUAUUGCAACUGGAUUAAAGGUUGAAAAUAUGCAGUUUAGAUCCCCAUCCCACAUCCCCACUAACAUCAUGAACCCUUUUAUUUGAAGUUCCCAUUAUAUCAUUAUCCAAUGGAAGCAUUUGUUAGACCAUCUAGAAAAUAUGUUCUACUAUAUGAUGCAAACUCUUAUGAUGUUCUUGUGCAUAAGCUGUGUUUGACCUUCACCUCUUCCGCAUUCCAGACAUUACAUUUUUUUAUCCCAUCAAAAAAUGGGUAAUAUAGUAUAGGUUUUGAAAGGGUGCAUGAAGAGAGAAAUGAGAAAGAUUAUGCUAUUUUAGAGUUCUCGAUGAAAUAUGACCUAGUAUUAGCUAACAUUUGCUUUAAAAGGAUUCUCUCUAGAUAACUUUUAAAGCGGGCAUAAUACUAGUCCAUAAAUUUCUUUCUUGCUAGAAGGACUGUUCAAGUUUUGUUUAAAAGUUGUGUGGCUAUAGCGAGUGAGAGUUUAAUCACCUAAUGUAGAUUAGUGGUUUUUGAUGUGUGUAUUAGGAAAUGGAAGAGAAGGAUUAAAAAAAAGGAACCCGAGGAAUAGGUCAUAGAUUUUGUUAGGGGAGAAACAAUAUUUAAGGAUAGACUAUUGAAGGAAGAAAAAUGGGUCUAGAUUAGGAAAUCAAUAUCAUUUGGGAUGAGAUGGUCAAUAGUAUUAAGAAAGUAGCUACAAUGGUAUUAGGAAAGUCAAAGGGAAAAUUGUCCUAUGGUAAGGAAACUUGGUGGUGGAAUGAGAAAGUUUAGUUGGCAAUGAAUUCUAAAAGGAGUGAUAUGGAAGACUAACUAAAUAUGGGAAAAGAGAAGCAUAUGAAAACUAUAAGGUGGCUAAGAAAGAAGUUGAGAGGUGGUACAAGAGGCUAGAUUCAAGGUCUAUGAAGAGUUUGUCGCAAGUUAGUAAAUAAAGAUGGGGUGAAAUAUAUCUAUAAUAUUGCAAGACUAAAAGAAGGGAAAACUAGAGACUUAACUCAUGUUAGAUGCGUCAAAGAUGAAAAUCAAAAUGUUUUGGUUUAGGAGGACGAGUUGAAAGUUGAGUUGUCAAAACAUGGGUAACUCUAGGAUGUUUGGCCUUUAACCACAAGGUGAAGGCAUAAGUCCUUCCUCACAUCUGUCAUCAUUUUUUAUUUAAAUAGUUUUUAAUUAAAAAUAUUUAAAAAUAUGAUUGCAUCUCAUUAUAGUUAUAUCAUUUAUUAAUUUAAUUUUUAAUAAAAAUUACAUGUCUUACAAAAAAAUAAAAAUAAAAACACGUGCAUAGCACAUGCAGUUUAGGUUUAACCUUGCAUGUUGAACCCUUUUCUUCAAAUUUUAUAUCCUUCUCUAAUGGAAGCAUUUUUAAUGGCAAGUGGAAAGUGUAUCUUUUAAUUGAAGUUCAAAUUAUAUCCUUCUUUAAUGGUAGUGUUGUAAGUUAUAGAUAAUUUUAGCAUUAAGAUUAAGCUAUAGGAUAGAAAUGUUCUUGUUUUGUUCUGCUCCAUGUUCCUCAUUUUUAGACCCUUUCUAAAUGGAGGAUAGUGCGUAUAUCCUUUCAAAGGAGGCAGAACUUCCAAGACAUGUUUGCCCAUGUUACAUGGACACUCUAAUUCUAUAAUAUUCCUUGAUGUGUAAGUUUUUUGGAUGCUUGGACAAGAUAUGUUUUUUGAAAAUGGUUGUCUUAGAACAAUGUUUUAGAGUGUCCUGCAAGGAAUAACCUGAUGCAGAAAAGUUGGCAGUCUGUCCUAUCCUCUCCAUAUCAAAUGAUGUAGCUUUAAGUACUCUAAUAAUUCUGGUGAAAUGCCACAACAUUUUAUUUGUAUUGUUUCUAAAUAUAUUGUAUCAUAUGGGCACAUUAUUGUGUCAAGUGCCAAUUCUGGGUUUUUUUGUAGUUGAAUUUCUGGACACUUCGGUUAGUUUAAAGCAAGUGUCCAAGUAACACUACUUUGCUGCUUGCCUGUUUUAUUUUUAUGUGCAAUCCAUAAUAAUAUGCUGAGAUUUUAUUAUAAGAAGCCGAUUAUUUUCAUACUUUUCAUUCUGAUAGUUGGAAAACAUUUAGUAGCAUUUCUGCAUGUCUAGGGUUGUUCCUGAGAAUAGCUCAUAAUUUUCUAUUUCUGAGCUGUUAAUGAUAUAAUUCUAUAGUAUUGUAAACUAGUAUAUGAUAAAAUAACUACCAGGUGACAUAUAUUGCAAGCAGAAGUUCAUUCUCACUUUAUAGCAACUGGAUAAUUCGAAAUUUCGAAUGGAUCCAUAGAUAUACUAUUUUUUGAAGUAAUUUAUAUUGGAUGCUUGUUUAGCUUAUUCUUUUCCUCUUGUGGAUAUUGCUGAAUUGUAUUGCCAUUGUUGUAAACCUGAGCAUAAUGUUGCAUAUUUGUCUGUCCUCCCCACAUAUUCGAGAUGUUCACACAAUCAUUGACUGACUGUGGUAAACAAUAUUUGCGUAAAAGCUUUUGAACAGUUUUGGUUGGUUAUGUUUGUACUGAGUAUUUCUGGCUUCUUAGGAUCUCAAACUAACAGUGAAAUAUGUGCACUUGAAUAUGAGUAUAUAUUGAUACAUCAUCGGGUCUGAUGCACUCAAUUUUAGUUGGGGUGCUGCUCUGCAACAAUGACUACAUGGGACUUGCAUGUUUGUUUCCACCUGACAUAACACAUGUAGGGGGCAUCUGAUUUAUAAUACGUUGUCUGUUAGUCCUGCCACAUAAAACCAUGUUAAAUAAUAAAUGUUGCUUAUCUCUACUUAUAGAGUAAAAGAAUGCUUGAUUUAACUAGAACAACAAUGAAAUGAGCCGCAGAAUGUAACAGGUCUGAGAAUUUGCUAGGCUUAAUACUGUAUUAAAAUGGAGCCUAGUAGUGUGGCCCUACUGAGUCUACACAGUCUGGCCAAACCAGGCCAGUAAAGAGGGAAUUAAGUUGGAUGCUAAACUAGGACUUCUAAAAGUUUGUUAUUUGGAUACCUUCAAUUUUCAGUAUUUUUUCUCUAGUUUUUGUUAGAGAAAACAGAGUCCAGGGCUUGCCUGCUACUUGUAGUCACAGAGCUACAGUUCUGUUGGUAAAGUUCACAGCAUAACCCUUGCAUUUUAUGAAGGAAUUUGUUUAUCCUGUUAUUCUCUCAUCAGGAUGUCAUCUGUCAGGAUAUAACCAUUUUAAUCUUUUGUCUUCUAUGUGGUUAAAGUAGUCCUACAAUCAGCUGUUAGUUCCAGAUUUUCCAUCAACUUUACAUAUAAUGGAUUUGUUCUUUUUCCCAUUCUAGUGUCAUUCUAAACUAUGCCUCUGUACCUCAGAGAGGAGACAGGCAGAAGCUGCUCGUAUCAGAGAGAAGUACCCUGAUAGAAUUCCUGUGAUCGUUGAGAAAGCUGAAAGGAGUGACGUACCAGACAUUGACAAGAAGAAGUACCUAGUUCCUGCUGAUCUCACCGUGGGACAAUUUGUGUAUGUGGUCCGCAAGAGGAUCAAGCUCAGUGCUGAGAAGGCCAUCUUCAUUUUUGUGAAGAACACUCUACCACCCACAGCUGCAAUGAUGUCUGCAAUAUACGAGGAGAACAAAGAUGAAGAUGGUUUUUUGUACAUGACUUACAGCGGGGAGAACACAUUUGGAUUGUUCUAAGCCAAUGGAGUAUCUCUGCAGAUAAGACCUGAAAACCUGUAUAUUCCAUCCAGUCCCCCUUGUUCCUAUGAUGUGUUUUAUGUUGUGUCGUCUGUCUUCAAGAAUCCCAAGGUUCAGGAUAUCUGAAUUUGAUGGCUACAAAGUUUGUUCAACAUUAAAGCUUAUAUUAGAUGUCAUGGGUUUUAUUAUUCAUGUUCUGCAUAUGCAGCUUUUUUUGUUAUGGUAACGUGAUUAUUAUGAAUAUCAUAAUUUGAGGCUGAUUUACAUGUCAAGCACUAUAAAGAGAAAUCCACUAGAGCCAAAAAAAAAAAAUUAAAAACUAAAAAGAGAGCUUCAAAGAGAAAAUCGUUCAAGAGCUUUUAUUGUAAGCAAAAUGAUCAUAUUCAACGUCAGAGAGUUGGUGAAGCAUCUUUAAGAGCAUUCAAAUCAACCAACAAGGGUCUAACUGUCUUUACCAUUGUGUAUUUAUUAUUUUAGAGUUAUAUUCAUUGUAAUAGUUUUUACUUCUUUUUAUUUUUUACUGUAACAAGUUUAAAAAACUGAAACUUGGAGAAAGGUCCAUCUAAAUUUUAAAUUAGAUUAUGUUGAGCCAGGGAUAGGUUUGGAGAAGGUUUUAGUUGAUUGGCCAAAAACAUCAAAUUGUCAGAAAAUAAUCGGCAAAUGUUUUGAUUGAUUGAUUUGAGAAAAUUAACAAGGUUGGUUGUGAACUAUAAAUAAUUGGCAAAAGUUUUAGUUGAUUGACCUGAAAAAAUGAACUAAGUUUUGUUAUGAACUCAGAAAAUAACUGAGCUAUAAUUUGGGUUAUAGAUUAUAUUGAAAUUUUUACAGAUGGUUUAGGUCCAAAAAUCUACGAUGACGACAUCUUCCUACCAUGUCAUAGGUAUUGAGAGCAAGUAUCGUAAUUGCCAAAAGGGCACGCUAAGCUCCCUUUGUGUUCCACCCUGAUUAUGUGGCAUAUGCUGGAAAGCCAUUGAUGGACCAUAGCAAGGCAGCAUGUAGUUGAAACAUUUCAAUAAGCAGAUGUACAGGCAACAGAGGCAGAAACUGCUGCUGAGAUAUAAACUUUUAUUGAAACGGUGUCUGAAAUCUAUUGUAUGGCUAUUGCAUAAUUUAUCCUAAGGCAAUGGUUUAAAAUUACUGCUCUAAUACUGCCACCUAAAACUAGAUUUAAGACAAUGGUUAAAAAAUCCAUUGCCAUAGAGCACUUUAUGCAACGAUUUUCUUAGCCACUGCUUCCCGACCAUUAUCUAAAACUAUUUUUGUUGUAGUGCCACAUCGCUGACCCUUAGCAGUUCUAAUGGUUUGCUUAUGUGUAGUGUAACCAUUAACCAGAUCAUGAUGUCUUUUGGCUUGUGGCUUGUACCAAUGAAUCAUGGUCAAUCAUAACUAGGUUCCAAUUCCUUGGCCUACAUAUCUAUGCUAUGGUUGAAUCCUACCUUCUUGGCCUACGUCCCCACACAUUGAUUCAUUACAACCAAACUUUGCGCCCAUCCAGCAAGGGUUACGUGACUCUCAUCUACUUUGUUUCGAUGUGGUGCUUGCUUUUGGAUGCCAGCUGGAUUAUCAAGAUAGGGUGUAAACAAUGGCCCCACAUCUCAUCAACCGAUAAUCAAGAGGCUAAUGGGAUGUCAGCCCUCGAUAUCUGUAUAAUCGAAUAUCCACAAUCUCGGUCUAGAUUUGCUAAGCAAUUGUUGCCCUUUUCUUGAAGCAUCACUUCUGCUAUCAGUAAUGUGCUUAUAUCCUCUUUAGAGAUCCUGUUAUACCUCCUUAAUUUUGUGCAUAGCGUAGGUAGUAUUUUUCUAAAUAUUUUCUAUUAAUGGCUCGGCCUUGAAUUUCACAAUCAAUAUUUUUCAGCAUAUAUACUCCUCUAGGCUAUACUUGAUCAAUAUAUAUUGUCCUUCCCAAUUUGGGUACCAUUUUCCAAACUUUAAAAUCUUAUAGCCUGAUAGGAAGAACUGUCUUCCAUACUAAAUUUCCAAUGUCAAAGGAUUUUGGCCGAGCUUAGUUGAAUAUCUUCUUACAAGGUUAUACACACACACACACACACACACACACACACACAUAGAUACCUACACACACACACACACACAUACAUACCUAUAUAUAUAUUACUACUUUUCAUUUUUAGAUUAAUUCAUUACUUCUUUGAUCUUCUUGUGGCUUUAUGUGUAGUAAUGAGAUUCAUGCUACCCAUAAUCCAUAUGAUGAUCUUUGACCACUCGAAUGAUUAGGCUCCAUAUCUUGUUGGAUCUUUACAUACAACUAGGAUCAUAGAGGCCCAAGCAUAAAACUUCGAUGUGUACGAUAUCCAAGUGCAAUGUAGCUUCUCUCUGAUUUGGUUGCCCCUCAGCCCUGAUCUUUGACCACUCGAAUGAUUAGGCUCCAUAUCUUGUUGGAUCUUUACAUACAACUAGGAUCAUAGAGCCCCAGGCAUAAAACUUCAAUGUGUACGAUAUCCAAGUGCAAUGUAGUUUUUCUCUGAUUUGGUUGCCCCUCAGCCCUUUCAACCACAAAGGCACCAUGUUGCUGCCUGUCUACAAAAAGGAUAGUUGAUGUCCUUGACCAAAGUGUAUACCUCGGUCUAACCUCUCGUACAUAAUUUUGUUAUCUUGGCUAAAAAUUCUAAGGGUAUCAUAUAGUUUCCAUCCAUAUUUCCUUGACUAGUUGCGAUGAAGUCAUGAGGUGUAAAUAUCUUGACAUUCGGCUCUAAAGAUUGAUAGACCUAGUCACCUUCCUCAGUUUUCUAAUUAGCCAAGAUGACCACAAUCUAUGUCAUAGCAUGUUGUAGUUGGGGACUUUAGUCUUUUACAGUAGAAUCAAGCUUCUCUGCUUGUUCUAUUAUUAUAUUUAGAGAUAUCUUAUUACACUCUGUCAAUGACUUCACCAUGACAACUGCUUGUUAUGAGGACAUCUACAAUAGUUUGUGGCUGCAUUCCUCUAGAUAAGACUAAAAUUGCAUAACUACUUCCUAAAGAAGAUCUACUAGAAGAUAGGUCAACAUCAUUCGGCUAGCUAAAGUACUUGUUUGCAUAACCAUUUCUUCAAUAGCAUCACAAUAGCUACACUGGAUCCCAUCGAGCAUGCUAAAUGACUUGUUUUCCCAUUUCAUGUUCUAUCGAGAUGUGCCACAAAACUCGUUGGUAGAGAAAAAGGGUGAUAAAUCAGAUGGUCGAGGAUAGAUGUUUGCAUAGGCAUGCCAUCAAUAUCGGAUCAGCCGAAAAAAUGGUAAUUGCUAGGAGAAUAGAGUAGAGUGGCCCAAGUGUCUUGAUCUUCAAAAAGUUUCACCACCAUCACAUCAUUGUUCGAAGGAGAUGGAUUUGAAUAGAAAAAGAGAUAUAGCACUGGGCUAUAGUAGCAGAGAUUCUAAGUUACAGCUACUUCCAGGAUAGAAACUACAAGUAGAUUUAGAACUAAGAUAAGAUAAAAUUUAUUGAUUUGCAUUGUUGAAAAAUGUUCAUGCAUAGUAUAAAUCCAUUAUCUAUACUAAUACCAAAAUAGCUAUAAUAUAACUGUUGGUCGUUAUAACUAUCCACAUUGCCAUGAUCCUAAGCGGAUAUAAUAGUUUGCUCACAUGUAAUGUAACCGUAGACUAGAUCAUGAUGUCCUUUAGCUUAUGGCUUGUACCAAUGCAUCAUGGUUAAUCACAACUAGGUUCUAACUCUUUAGCCUACCUAUCUACGCCAUGGCCGAAUUCUAACUUUUCUAUAUAUGUCUCCAUACUUAGUAUGAUUCAAUGUAGCCGAUCUGCCCCUACCUAGCAAAGGGCAUGUGACUCUCAUCUACUCCAUUUUCCUCAAAAUUUGAUUCACAUAGCACUUGCUCUUGACCACCAGCUAAAUAGUCGAGAUGGGAUGUAAACCACACCUCUAUGACAUUGAUUUGUAUAGGUGGAUUGCUUGUAUUGACUAUUUAAUGUAAUAGUAUAGCUAAUAUCAGUUCAAUGUCACCAUCUCGAUGGACGAGGAACACUAUAUAGCCGCCAUACACCUCAAUAGCCUUAUUGUGUGAUACACAAGCUCACUCAUAACUAAUAUACUUCGAGUACUUAGAAAUAACUAAUCCUCUGGUAAAUACUUUGACCACUUGGAUAAUGAUCCUAGAGCACUUGCGGACUCUAUCCGGCUCUAAGACCGAUGUGUAACACACACUUUUGUAUUGUUUAAGUUAGCAUGAAGAAGAAAAAUUCAUAUAUAUUUCACAUAAUAUUUAUAAUGACAUGCAAAUCAUUUUUUCAAAUUCCUCUACUCGUGUAAGUAUAUUGGCACUUGUCAAGUUUGUCCUGACUAUUUCACAUAAUAUUUAUAAUGACAUGCAAAUCAUUUUUUCAGAUUCCUCUACUCUAUCAUAUGUGUGCUGGACUAUUGGUACCUAACCAACUGUUGUCUAGUCAGGACAAACUUGACAAGUGCCAAUAUACUUACACGAGUAUAUUAACCCCCAUCAAGUUGGUCUUGAUUGGAAAAUAGGGGUUCGCUACCAAUGAUCCAAGUAAUACCUAGAUAGAACGCACAUAUAAAGAUGCUAAUAUACUUGCGAAAGUAUAAUAGCCCUUGUUAGGUGAAUCUUGUCACAGAAUCCUCUCAACAGUAGUAUCACUUCUGUUUCUAUCUCUUCCCACUGAAUAAUGUUCAUUGUUAAGCUUCUGUUAACUGAAGUAGUUGCACUGAACUACUUCUGAACUUAUCCUCUCUCCUUUCGGUUCCCAGCCGAUCCUAUAUAUUGUACUCCUUAUCGUUUGUAACCUUUUGAGAGAUAUAAUAAUAAAAUCCUUUUAGCAGGUUCUUUAUGGUAUCAGAGCUUUUCUUGUUCUUACGAACAUCAAAGGUUCUCUGAUUUCUUUCCAUGGCAGAAUCCAGCACCUCGAGUCAUCCUGUCUUGCACACGCCUGUUCCUGCUAGCAACAUGGUGCCACUAGUAGCUGUGAAUGCUUCCUCACAGCUUCCUCUCAAGCUCAUGCCGACGAACUUUCCUUCUUGGCGUGCUCAGUUUGUUUCUCUUCUUGUUGGGUAUGAUCUCAUGGGAUAUAUUGAUGGUACCAUCAAGCAUCCGUCUAUUGUCUCCUUCUCUCAAGAUGAUGCAUCAGCUGUUGUUCAAUCUCACUGGCUUCGGCAGGAUAAACUAAUCCUUCAUGCCAUUCUUUCCUCCGUCUCAGAAUCGAUUAUUCCGCUUAUUGCAAUGUGUGAAACCUCUCAUGAGGCGUGGAUGACUCUCACUCGCCUGUAUGCAAACAAGUCUCGCUCCCAUGUCAUGCAACUCAAGGAAUCUCUAUCCUUGGCUCAACGGGGAUCAUCAUCUGUCACUGAGUAUUUGCAACUGGUGAAGGGCCUUGCUGAUGAGCUUGCUGCAAUCGAUGCACCCUUAUCUUCUGAUGAUCUGACACUAUAUGUUCUCAAUGGGCUUGGUUCUGAUUUUCGGGACAUCGUCGCUCCUAUUCGUGCCAGGGAAAAAGCUUUCUCUUUCGAAGAACUUCAUGAUCUUCUUGUUUCUCAUGAGAUGUAUCUACGUCAUCUUGAUUCUGCUACCAAUUCUUUAGUGGUAACAGCAAACACUGCCACCAAAAAGCCUUUCUUCCACAAGCAGUCUCAUCGCCAGCAAAAUAGAAAUGUCCAUACGAGUCCUCAACGCUUCUUUCACUCAAAGCCAAAUAGAUCAAACGUGGUUUGUCAAUGGUGUAACAAAGUUGGUCAUUCUGCCCGCACUUGUCGGCAAAUGCUUAAAGCAAAGGGUGGUGAUGCGAACGCCAACUACACUGCAACCUCUGAUGCUCCCAAUCAGAAGAAAUGGCUCAUGGACUCGGCUGCUUCUCAUAAUGUUACAUCUGAUCUGGCACAUAUGACUAUUCAUUCUGAAUAUGAUGGUACCGACGAAGUCGUCAUUGGUGAUGGAUCAGGUUUGCCUAUCACUCAUGUGGGAUCUGUUCUUCUUCCCUCAUCUUCUUGCACAUUUCGUCUCUUUGAUACUUUGUGUGUUCCUGAUAUUAAGAAGAAUCUUAUUUCAGUCCAUGAAUUUACCAAGACUAACCAUGUUUCUAUUGAAUUCUUCCCUUCCUAUUAUUUGAUCAAGGAUCUAAAAACGGGAGUGCCGCUUCAAAGGGGUCGUUGUGAGGAUGGUGUCUACCCACUACAGUCUCCUUCUCGGCCUACUGUGUCUUCAGUUUUAGCAUGUGUUAGUGAGAGAACUUCGAUGGCUGGCUGGCACAAGCGUCUGGGUUAUUCGAGUCUGCGGAUUGUUUCUAAAAUCCUACAGCUUUCUUCGCUUCCUGUUUCUGCUUCUCCAAAACCUGAUACUAUUUGUAUUUCGCGUCAGUGCAAUAAAGCUCACCAACUGCCUUUUCGCAGUUCUUCUCUUACUAGUUCCCAGCCUCUUGAGUUUCUUUACUCCGAUGUAUGGGGACCCGCAUCUUGUUCUUCGGUUGAUGGUUUUCGUUACUAUGUUAUUUUCAUUGAUCACUUUACUAAAUAUUCCUGGUUAUUCUCUAUCGCUCGAAAGUCUGAUGUUGCCGCUAUAUUUCUUCAACUACGAGCUUUGUUAGAAAAACAAUUUGACAGGCCUGUUAAAAACCUGUACUCUGAUAAUGGUGGAGAAUUUGUAAAGCUUCAACCAUACCUUCCCACGCAUGGUAUUGGCGGGUUUACCACCGCGCCUCAUACCCCCCAGCAAAACGGCACUUCCGAGCGUCGUCAUCGUCACAUUGUAGAGACUGGUCUCAUGCUUCUACAUCAGGCUUCAAUGCCUCCGAAGUUUUGGUCUUAUGCUUUUCAAACCGCAACCUUCCUUAUCAACCGGAUGCCAACUCCUCUUUUGCAUUUUCAGAGCCCUUUUCAGGCCCUCUUUGGGCGUCUUCCGAACUAUCAUUUUCUUAAAACAUUCGGCUGUUUGUGUUUCCCAUGGCUUAAGCCAUAUAUCUCUAGUAAAUUGCAGCCCAAUCCAAGCCAUGUGUCUUUCUUGGGUACUCCUCUAAUCAAAGUGCCUAUAAAUGCUUCGAUUUGUCUUUCCAGCAAAUCUACUUGUCCCGCCAUGUUGUCUUCUCUGAGGAGAUUAUGCCCUUUGCUUCCCCAGCAUCCUUAUUUCAGUUUGUGCCAGCCGCAACACACAGUACCAUCGUCAACUCUUCAUCACCGGCUACUUCUGCUGCAGGUAUUUCAGAGGUCCCUCCAGUGGUUGGGUUCACUCCUCCGUCUGACUCCAGUAUGUUGCCUUUGGCCUCUUCCGUAAGUCCUAAUCUAUCUUCUUCCUCGCC